AUGGCCGUCGCGCCCUCCCAGGUGCGCCAAAACUACCACCCCAACUGCGAGGCGGCCGUCAACCGCCAGAUCAACUUGCUGCUGUACGCCUCCUACGUGUACCUCUCCAUGGCCUUCUACUUCGGCCGGGACGACGUGGCCCUGAAGCACUUCGCCCGCUACUUCCUGCGCCAGUCGCAUGACAAGAGAGAACACGUGGAGAUGCUGAUGCAGCUGCAGAACGAGCGCGGGGGCCGCGUCUGCCUUCGCGACAUCAAGAAGCCAGACUACGACGACUGGGAGAACGGCCCGCAGGCCAUGGAGUGCGCCUUCCAGAUGGAGAAGAGUGUCGGCGAGAGCUUCCUUGACCUGCACCAGCUGGCCAGCGACAAGAAUGACCAGCAGCUCUGCAGCUUCCUGGAGACCCACUUUCUGCAGGAUCGGGCGAAGACCGUGGAGGAGCUGGCUGGCUACCUCACCGACCUGCGCAAGCUGGAGGCUCUGGACUCCAAGCUGGAUGAGUACAUCUUUAACAAGCUCACCCUGCGCCGCAGCGACCAGGAAAACUGA